AUGACUGAAUAUUCUGUUGCGGAUAUUAAGAAGAAAAUUAAAAAUAAGAAUUUUGUAAUUUGUAAGAUUAAGGAGGAGGAAAAAUUGGAAAAACAUGAGAAUAUGAUGAUGAGUGAGGUUGAAGUUGAUGAAUUUAUGAAUUCGGUAUUGGAAGAAGAAGACGACAUUGAUGGCCAGGAGAAGAAUAUAAUGGAGGGAGAAGACGAGUUCCUUGCUUUAUUGGAAAGGGAUGAUAACGUUAUGAAGAAUGGAAUAUCAAAGAAUGUUGAAGGAGAUCAUCAUGAAAUAAACCGUAUCAAUCUUGAUGAAUUUGAGUUCCUGUAG